UGGGCAAAUACAGAUGUCAACAGAACAUUGCUCAGAAAAUUUGAAUGAUAUCCAAUUGGAAAACAGUCAAAUGUUAAAUAGAUAGUCCCAAGAAAAAAGGCUUAGUCAACAGCAAUUUUAAGGAGCGAACGUUCUCCCUACAAUCAUCCAGCGCGAUGGAGUAAUAGCCGUUGGAUUUGUGUGCGCGGCCGUGCGCUCGCUUGACACCAGGUGCCGCGCCGUAGUGGAUAAGUGGAGUCCGUUUUGGUUUUGGACUAAACUGGAAUUUUAACAAGUUUUGACGGGUCUUAAGGGUUCCCCGUCCUCGACCGGCGAUUCCCGCCGACGCCUACACCUCCCGCCGAGUCGCCUCUGUACCUGAAGUAACACCGCCACCAUCACCAACCUUUCCCCGGAUUCCACCAAUCCCGUGUUCGGCGGGCAACCUGAUUCCCCGCCAAAUUUGUUGCCCUAGAGCCUGUUGCGUCCGACCUCGGUAUCAAGAUCCAUGGCGCUCCCCGCUCUUUCCUUCCAGCCCUCCACCCUGAUGGGCUCAAAAGCCGCCGACUCCGCCUCCGGAUUUCCCGACUGGGUCUUCCUCUGCGAGGAGCCGCGUUUCUUGGAACGCCGGAACGAGACCACCGCCAAGUGCCGGACCAGCGAGGGCCAAGCCGUGGAGGUGUCCUUCUGGCUCGUCGACCCGCCGGGCGUCUCCUACUUCACCUUCAACUGCCCCGGUCUCGACCCCUCCGUCUUCCACGAGAAGGAGCCGCCCUCCCUCGUCUGCGCCGCGGCCGCCUUCGUCGUCUUCUGCCUCUCAUUCAGGGGCUCCAUCGACCACUUCGUCUACAGAGCCGCCCCCGCAGGGAAGCAGUCGCUGCAGCUGCUCCCGGACCGGGACCCCAGCUCCACGGUCUUCAGGAGAACGGGGUUCGGCCUCUUGCCCUGCGCCGACGGCCAGCACUACGCCGUCGCCUACAUCGACCGCCAGUGUCUUGGCAAAGAUUCUGAUUGGUGGUUUCAUGCGCACGUCUUCUCGUCUGAAACUCGGGCGUGGAGCAGCCACAGGGUGUCGUUGCGGCACUUAACCAAGUCUGAGAGGCUCAUGUGUUGUCGACAUGGCAUGUCACAGCAGAUCUCUGUUGCAGGCUCACUGGGCUGGGUUGAGCUCAUGCGUGGCAUUGUCCUUCUUUGCAACCUGUUGGACGGGAAUCCUGUCAUCAAAUUUAUCCCGUUCCCCGAAUCAAGGGUUAGCUUUCUCGACGAGGAUGGCCACCCUGAGCUCGCCCCUCAGUAUUAUUGCAAUGUUGCCUGCUCCGGCGAUCUCAUCAAAUUCAUCGAGGUAGAAUUUGAUGACCCUGUUGUCAGGACCAGCGGUAUAGGUUGGAGAGCCACUGUGUGGGAGAGGAAGAUCUCCUGGGACAAGUGGGAGAUCCGCUCCACGGUCGAUGUUGCUAACAUCUCAGUUGACCAAAGUUUUUCUGCUGUAUUGCCUGGGCUGUGGUGUGAUGAGACCCAAAAACUGGACUUGAAGAAACUUAUUUUCUAUACCCCGCUGCCGAGCAGGCGUGAUGACGAUCUUUUUUACAUGGUGGCUAAGGUGAAUGCUGACGACGAGACUGCCUGGGCCAUCGCAGUUGACAUGGAAAGGGCAGGUGUGGAAGCAAUGGUCCAGUUCUCUCUUGGACGGUACACGUACCACAUUGCAAUGUACUCUUCAUGCGACUUCCCCAAGUACCUCAACAUGACCCCAGGGGCAGGCAUGGAUAAUCCAGCGGACAAGUGCUCUAAGCGGAUGUCUGUUGCCAGGUUGAGUGCAAAGCAGUGUGUGGUGCAAGUGCUGCGGACUCUAGACUGGCUUCAAGAACUUGAUCAAUGCUUGGAAAUUGAGAGGUCAACUGACAACACAUACAGAUUAUUACUUCAGUUUUCUCCAGUAUCAUCUCUGCGUUCCAGUAUCAGACCAAUGGUAAAAUAUGCUAAUGAUCAAGGUGAAGCUGCAUCGAAGGCUGUGGAUUUUUGCCGAAGAGCUUUGGAAGAUUUCGACUUGGCUCUACACGGAUCACCGAGUGAUCCUUCAGCAUCCGUUGAAGCCAUGCGUAGCAAAAUCAGUGAUGUCAUUCAAGCUUUGGACAACAUCAUGCAAAUUGUGCCAUCAACACUGAUACCGAAAGAAAAGAUGCUUGGAGAUGCCAGCGACCAAAAAAGAUCAAAGGCAACAUCUGAAACUCGUGAGAAGCCAUUCGAGGCAAAGAAUACAGUUUAUGGGUGUGGCUGCUACUGAGAUUGAUGUCCUUUCAUUGGGACUGGUAUCAAGUUCACAGGAGAUGGAUGAGAGCUACCCGUGAACAACGACGGGCCGUGGUCGAUACAAAGGAUAAACGUGGCAAGUGGCAGCAACGGAAAUUCAAGCCCAGUAAUUCUGGCAGCAACGGACCUGAUAUCGAUGCCUGUGGUUGUGUCAUCUUCCCACCGUGAUGUAAAGGAGUCGGUAUCUUACUGAUAUGGAAUGUCUGUAGAAACAUAUAAGCUUAUGGUAGAUUGAGUGUUGAGUUAUGGUUUCGGCCGUGGUUAUGGGCAUGAUGCUAGCUUAUGUGAAGGUGCUGGUUGCUGCUACCUAGUAGACACCUAACUGUAGUAGUACUACAUAUGUUGUUGCUACUACUUGCUAGUACCUUCUUCCUG